AGGGGGUUAGACUGCAUGGACCUUGUGAUCUCUUCCAACUCUAUGAUUCUAGUGCGAAGGGUGCUUUACAUCACCACCUUUUCAAAUGCUCAUGUGAAGAUAAAAUGCAAAACGAACAUGUAUUGAUGAGGAGAAAGAUCAAUGCAAUGGACCACUUCAAAUUAUAAGCAGAAAAAUAGUGAGAGGUUCGUGUAAAAAAUAACUACUGACACUUAAAAGCUAGCUAUUUCUUUCUUUUGUCAUUCACACAACUCUGCAGAAUCAAAGGAACAGGGCAAAGGAUCAUCCCAGGAUGUCCCUUAUUCUCUUGGCAUCAGGGCAAGGGCAACACAGGCAGCCAUGGGCCUCUGCGGAAAGGCUCUGCCAGAAGCCAGUCACAUUCAAGGAUGUGGCUAUCUACUUCACAAAAACCGAGUGGACUUUGCUGGAUCCAGCACAGAGAGACAUGUACAAGGAUGUCAUGCUGGAGACCUAUGAUAAUUUGGCAUAUACAGGAUUCUGUCCUUUCAAACCAGUCCUGAUCACUUGCCUGGAUCAAGGGAAAGUAAUAUGCAUCCCUGAACCAAUAUUGAAAAAAAAAAGAUUCUGCCAAACAUAAAUUCAGACAUAGACAGAAGAGUGUGACUCUCUUGGCAAAAGGCAGGAAGGAAGACAGGUUUUCACCUCACCAGCACAUGCCCCUUUUCCUCUGAUUCUCAUUGAACCAACUGAUGCCAAACGUGUGACACCAUCCUCCAUCUUUGUUUCCAGUUCCAACCCUUUGUUUCCAAACUGGGAGCGGGGGUAUUUUCAUGUGUUUUUGCAGUUUCUGUGUGUUUGGGGACAAACAUUUCCCAAAAGAUAUGCCAUUUUUUUUAAAAAAGGGCCAGGGUUAUUCACUGACAGGGUUGGCAUUGAUUCAAAGAGUUUAAAAUGGUUAAUAUUUUUAAUAAAUAUGUUUAAUGUGUUUAAUAAAAGUGGAAGCAGAGUUUAAUAUGCAUUCCCUGCUUUCACCACAUGAUGGUCAUUUGGACUGGAAAAUAAAGAGUAAAUGAUGUGGCUAUCAGCUGACGGACGGGAAGUGCAGCAUAUCUGUACCUUAUUCAAAUUAGUCUCUCAAAGGGACUUCUAAAAUCAUAUCCAGUUUAUUUAUAAAGCUAACUGGAUUACUUCUGCAGUGUGUUUUGGACCUAUGUCAAAUGGCAAAAAAGAGAGGAUGUUUUCUCCUCUACUAGGCAAACCAGACAGACCAGGCUCUCACAUUACAAAGUUACAACAGUUUGAUACCACUGUUAAGCUCAGUGCCACACAAAACUAUAAAUCCCAGGAUUCGGUAGCAUAAAGAUGUAUGUUAACUAUUGUAUCAAACUGCUAUAAUGGUGUGAUUUGAGAAUGGUGCAGUAUUUGGAGGACUCUCAACAUCCCAUAUUUUGAAAUGAAGUACAGUUGGGCCUCCUUAUUCAUGGAUUCAACUAUCUAUGGCUUGAAAAUAUUAAAUAUA